GCUAAGUUAGGCUCUGAACAGUGUGGAGGUCGUUGGAGUCACUUAUCCGCCGCCAGCUCCUUCGCUUGCUGGUCCGCACCCCGCCCGCCUCAGCCAUGCUCUCCGCCCUCGCUCGUCCUGCAGGCGCCGCUCUCCGCCGCAGCUUCAGCACCUCGGCCCAGAACAAUGCUAAAGUAGCCGUGCUCGGGGCAUCCGGAGGAAUUGGGCAGCCCCUUUCACUUCUCCUGAAGAACAGCCCUUUGGUGAGCCGCCUGACCCUCUAUGAUAUUGCUCAUACACCUGGAGUGGCCGCAGAUCUGAGCCACAUUGAGACCAGAGCAACUGUGAAAGGCUACCUCGGACCUGAGCAGCUGCCAGACUGCCUGAAAGGUUGUGAUUUGGUGGUUAUUCCAGCUGGAGUCCCGAGAAAACCAGGCAUGACACGAGAUGACCUGUUCAACACCAAUGCCACAAUUGUGGCCACCCUGACAGCUGCCUGUGCCAAGCAUUGCCCUGAGGCCAUGAUUUGCAUUAUUUCAAAUCCGGUUAACUCCACCAUCCCAAUUACAUCUGAAGUUUUCAAGAAGCAUGGAGUAUACAACCCCAAUAAGAUCUUUGGGGUGACAACCCUGGACGUUGUCAGAGCCAACACUUUUGUUGCAGAACUGAAGGGUUUGGAUCCAGCUCGAGUCAAUGUUCCUGUCAUUGGCGGCCAUGCUGGGAAGACCAUCAUUCCCCUGAUCUCUCAGUGCACUCCCAAGGUGGACUUUCCCCAGGACCAGCUGACAACCCUCACUGGACGGAUCCAGGAGGCCGGCACAGAGGUGGUCAAGGCUAAAGCUGGAGCAGGCUCUGCCACCCUGUCCAUGGCAUAUGCUGGAGCCCGGUUUGUCUUUUCCCUUGUGGAUGCCAUCAACGGAAAGGAAGGAGUUGUUGAAUGUUCCUUUGUUAAAUCCCAAGAAACAGACUGUACCUAUUUCUCCACACCAUUGCUACUGGGGAAAAAGGGCAUCGAGAAGAAUCUAGGCAUCGGCAAAAUCUCCCCUUUCGAGGAGAAGAUGAUAGCCGAGGCCAUUCCAGAGCUGAAGGCCUCAAUCAAGAAAGGAGAAGACUUUGUAAAGAACAUGAAAUGAGACGGCAGUUAGUGAGAAAUUAAUUUCCUUAACUUAUUAAGACAUCAUGUCACGUAAAGUGAUUUCAAUUUGUUUUGAUGGUGAAUAUUGUAUUAACAUUACCAUCCCUUCCAAAUUGUGGGUCAGGCUACUGGUACCUCAAUAAAAGCAGGCUUUGAUUUUCUUUUGCA